AUGACGGCCGCAAGACUCCAACGCUAUGCAUUGUUCCUAGCUGGAUUCGAAUACGACAUUGAGUACAAGAAUACGAAAGAACACUGUAAUGCAAAUGGUCUAUCACGACUACCACUGCCAAUGACGGAGAAAGAGGAUACAGCUGUGGAUGCAGCUGAAGUGUUUCAUGCAACCCAGUUAAACAUUCUCCCAGUCACCAGUGAAUCGGUAGCUAAAGAGACAAAUCGUGAUCCCAUAUUAGCCAGAGUUUAUGAUUCAAUAGUUAAAGGUUGGUCAGCACGUUUCGAGGGAGACAAGCCCUACCAUGACCGACAGAGUGAACUUACAGUUCAUCAAGGUUGUAUCCUUUGGGGAAUGAGAGUGGUCAUCCCUAGCAAGUUGCAAGAGAGAAUUCUGCGAGAGCUACAUGAUAGUCAUUUGGGUAUCGUCAAGAUGAAGGCCCUAUCACGAAGCUAUGUGUGGUGGCCAAACAUCAACCAACAGUUGGAGAACGUAGCGAAAACCUGUAGUAGUUGUCUACAGAACCAAAAGAUGCCAUCCAAGGUAUCCUUACACCCAUGGGAAUGGACCACUUCACCAUGGCAACGUGUACAUAUUGAUUAUGCUGGUCCUUUUACGGAUCCUAUGUUCCUGGUGGUGGUCGACGCACACAGCAAGUGGCCAGAAGUAAUUCCUAUGAAGUCGACAACCGCAGCGAAGACCAUUGAAGUACUAAGAAAUUUGUUUGCACGAUUCGGAAUCCCGGAACAGGUUGUCUCCGAUAAUGGCCCCCAAUUCGUCUCAGAAGAAUUCCGGUCGUUUAUGAAAUCUAAUGGAGUAAAACACAUCACCUCUGCCCCAUACCACCCUGCUACAAAUGGCCUUGCAGAAAGAUCAGGGCAAACAUUCAAACAGGCACUGCGUUCAAUGGAAGAAAGUUCGAAGCCAAUUCAAGAGAA